AUGCCUGCGCGCAGCCGCCACCGCCCCAGCCUCCACUCCGGCUUGCUUACCCGGGCUCCGCCCCCACCCCUUAAGGCGUCUCUCUCCCGGGAGGCCCGGAGGGCACCGGACUCCGAUAGCUGCUCGGACGCUGACUCGGAGGCGGGUCCGGGGAGCCCGAUUCGGAACAAGGAGACAGUUGAAGAAGAAAUGGCUGGUCCUAAUCAACUCUGCAUUCGCCGCUGGACUACCAAGCAUGUAGCUGUUUGGCUGAAGGAUGAAGGCUUUUUUGAGUAUGUGGAUGUUUUAUGCAACAAGCACCGACUUGAUGGAAUCACAUUGCUUACACUGACUGAAUAUGAUCUCCGAUCUCCUCCUCUGGAAAUCAAAGUCUUAGGGGACAUUAAAAGGUUAAUGCUCUCAGUCCGAAAAUUGCAGAAAAUACAUAUUGAUGUUUUAGAAGAGAUGGGAUACAACAGUGACAGCCCCAUGAGCCCCAUGACUCCAUUAAUCAGCGCUCUUCAGAGUGCAGAGUGGCUCUGUAAUGGGGAGCCUUCACAUGACUGUGAUGGACCCAUCACUGAUUUGAAUUCUGAUCAGUACCAGUAUGUGAAUGGUAAAAACAAACACUCUAUUCGAAGAUUGGACCCAGAGUAUUGGAAGACCAUACUGAGUUGUAUAUAUGUUUUCAUAGUAUUUGGAUUUACAUCUUUCAUAAUGGUUAUUGUCCAUGAGCGAGUGCCUGACAUGCAGACCUAUCCACCACUCCCAGAUAUAUUCUUGGACAGCGUUCCUAGAAUUCCAUGGGCCUUUGCCAUGACAGAAGUAUGUGGCAUGAUUCUGUGCUAUAUUUGGCUCCUGGUUCUUCUUCUUCACAAGCACAGGUCCAUACUUCUGCGAAGGCUCUGUAGUCUGAUGGGCACUGUCUUCUUGCUUCGCUGCUUUACCAUGUUUGUGACCUCCCUGUCCGUGCCAGGACAGCACCUUCAGUGUACUGGAAAGGUAUAUGGCAGUGUAUGGGAGAAGUUACACCGGGCCUUUGCCAUUUGGAGUGGCUUUGGGAUGACCCUCACUGGCGUCCACACUUGUGGAGAUUACAUGUUCAGUGGCCACACGGUCGUCUUGACCAUGCUGAAUUUCUUUGUCACUGAGUAUACACCAAGAAGCUGGAAUUUCUUGCACACUUUAUCCUGGGUUCUCAACCUCUUUGGAAUCUUCUUCAUUUUGGCUGCCCAUGAACAUUAUUCCAUUGAUGUGUUUAUUGCCUUUUAUAUCACAACGAGACUCUUUUUGUACUACCAUACUCUAGCCAAUACCAGAGCAUAUCAGCAGAGUAGGAGAGCAAGAAUUUGGUUUCCCAUGUUUUCUUUUUUUGAAUGCAAUGUUAAUGGUACAGUCCCAAAUGAAUAUUGUUGGCCAUUUUCAAAACCAGCAAUAAUGAAAAGACUAAUUGGAUGA